AUGCACCGUCUGAAGGUUGCUGUAUCGGAUAUAUAUGAAUACGACCAAGAUUUUCUUAAGAACAAGCUUUACUUGGCCUGUGCUGUUGUUCGCCAGAGCCAAGGCAAGCGCAUCCUUUGUAAUACCCAAAACUCAGUUGUUGGAGCCGACAGUGGAUCACAGGCGUCCGAUACUCCACAAUCAGGAUCCAAAGCUACUUCUAAAGGUUUUAAAAUCUGCACUACAUUACUGAAGCUUCUUAUUGGGAUCUCCUUCCUUGCUCAAUGGAUGAAAGAUGCACAAGAGAUCACUGAUAGAAAUGCCGGAAGAAGUUUCCGUAUGAGAAAACUGAACAAUGGGGAAAAUGGAUCCUGCUGGCGCAAAAGGUGCAAGAAGAUUGAUACCUGUGGUGGGUUUAGGAUGCUACCAAAUCGAGAAUAUACUAGGAGUGCUAGAUGGAGAAAGCAGGCUCAAUUGACCAAACCCGGUUCCUCUGUUUGUCGCUGGUGUUUCCCUCAUUGUCUUGCUCCCCCUCCCCCUCCCCCCAUGAGCCAUAGAAAAGUGAAAAUGACUGAAUGUGAGGUAAUCAGAGUCAUCGGUUUCAACCCUGUGCUCUUUGCAUCACCCGAAAUAUCGACAAUGAGCAUGUUAUCAUUCAAUGGAAGUCCCUCUGACAAGUCCACAGAUGCUGCUGUUCCCAUGCAAGACGGCCUGAAUCAUCUUGUAUAUCAGGCUGCUGCAGACAAUCAUAUGACCUGA